ACGGUCAUAAGUUGCUAUGACGAUAAACUUUCACUGUUUCUGAAUCAGAGUAGCCGUGAAUUCCGUGUUCUAGUGUAAAAGCGAAACUGGGAAUGAUGCUCGUUGCCCAUGACCUUAAAUUCGUCAGCGAAAGUGUUCUGUGUCUGACCAUUUUCUCUCUUGCAUUUCUUCUCACCGGGAUAUCAGCUCAAGCUACAAACGCUAGACGCACACAACCAAAGAAACCAGAAUCAGUCGGCGAGCUUUUUAACACCAGUUCCUGUAUUCCGAAGCCUUAUCGAUGUCCACAUCCAAAAAUCGAAUUUUACUUGUACACCAGGAGAACUCAAAAUAAUCCAGAACUGCUAAACACAUUACACCCCGAAUCUCUCUACUAUUCCCAGUUCAACAGAGCCUAUCCCACAAAAGUUGUGAUACACGGGUUUGGAGGUGGACGAAAUUUGGCUCCUAGUACUGAUAUGAGAGACGCUUAUUUUGCAAACGGAUUUUACAAUAUAAUUAUAGUUGAUUAUGGAUCUUUGGUUAGAGAGCCGUGUCUGUCACAAAUGGACUGGGCUCCCAGAUUUUGUGCAAAAUGCAUUGCUCAACUGGUUCAUUACUUAUCACAACAUCCAAGAGGUGUAAAGGCUGACGAUAUUCACAUGAUAGGGUACAGUGUUGGAGCCCAUAUUGCAGGAUUGGUAGCCAAUUAUUUAGAUCCUGUUGCUCAUGGUAAAUUGGGACGGAUUACAGGUCUUGACCCCUCCAUAUUCUUUUACAUGGGCAAUAACAGGUCAAGAGAUGUGGAUACAACCGACGCCCAUUUCGUCGAUAUUUUACACACUGGUGCUGGUAUUUUAGGACAAUGGGGACCAAGUGGUCACGCCGACUUCUACAUAAACGGUGGCUCAAGCCAACCUGGAUGUACCAGUGAUACUUUAUUUAACACUUUAGCAUGUGAUCAUACCAAAGUAACGCCAUAUUUUAUUGAGUCAAUCGUUACCAAAAGGGGUUUUUUCGCAUAUCCAUGUCCGAGCCUACUUAGUUUUCUAGUAGGCUGGUGCGACCCUAAAGACGAAGAUUACGUUCUAAUGGGAGAACACGUUUCUCAUAAGGCUCGAGGCGUUUAUUAUGUAAAAACUAAUGCGGAUCCCCCAUUUGCACAAGGCGAUCCAAGAAGACGAAGAAGAUCCAUUACCGUUGACAAAUUAAGAAAUAGCUGACAAAAAUACAAAAAUACAAAACGAAAAUAAGUUCGUAGACUAGUAACUUAGUGACAAAAGUAAAGUUAUGGUCCAAUUGAGUGAACUCUAAGUCAAAGUUGUAUUAACAUUUGUAUGUAUGCAUGUAUGUAGAAUAUUGUAGCGUAAUAUUUGAUGAUGUAAUAGAUAUAAGACUA